AUGGUCGAGAAGCAGGCUCUUGUUGAUACCGAUGUCGAUACGCUCCUUAGCCAGCUUACGCUGGAGGAGAAGAUCGAGCUCCUCAGCGGACAAGGCUCGUUUAAAACCACUAGUCUCCCAGCCCACGGGAUUCCAAGUAUUACGACAUCAGAUGGACCGCAUGGCCUUCGUGGUGCACGGAAGUUCGCUCGUGUGCCCAGUAUUCUUCUGCCUUCUGCGACGGCUAUGGGUUCUACUUUCGAUGUCGACCUGAUGUAUCGCAUUGGAAACCUGCUCGGAGACGAAGCACGCUGUAAGAACGUACAAGUCUUACUGGCGCCUACAGUUUGCCUACAGCGGUCGCCUUUGAUGGGUCGAGGUUUUGAAGCCUUCGCUGAAGACCCUGUGCUUAGCGGCCUGACUGCUUCGGCAUAUAUCAGAGGCAUCCAGGAUCGCGGAGUUGCUGCCUGUAUCAAACACUACGCAGCUCAUGACCAGUCACUGAUGUCAAUUGAAGAUAAUGUCCGAAUGACUGAGAGAACCUUACGAGAGCUACACCUCUUACCUUUCCAGCUGGCCUACCGCUACUCCGAUCCCUGGUCCAUCAUGACGUCUUAUAACAAGAUAAAUAACAUUCAUUCUAGCGAGGACCCGCUGCUUUUGAAGCAGAUCUUGCGUCAAGAAUGGGGCUUCAAUGGUCUUGUUAUAAGCGACUGGUGGGGUACCUAUAGCACUGUCGAGUCUAUAAAAGCGGGCAUGGACCUAGAGAUGCCAGGGCCAACCCAGUUCAGAGGGAAACUCCUCUCAAUUGCUGUCAAUACUCGCAAGGUGUCUCGCAAGGCCGUCGACGCUGCAGCGGGAAACGUGCUGAACUUUGUAAAGAAGGUCACCGCAGCGGCUAAGCCGUGGAAUGGGGAUCCGUCAGCUUCGAAUACGCCUGAGAAUCGAGCACUUAUUCGCAGGCUUGCCGCAGACAGUAUUGUGCUCCUCAAGAACGACAGUGAAACUCUCCCCAUCAGAGCCAAGACAGGGAAGUCUUAUGGCUUGAUAGGCGAUCACUUUAUAUAUCCCGCCCUGUCCGGUGGCGGUAGCGCCGAAGGUGACCCUUAUUACGCCGUGACGCCAUACGACGCCAUGGUUGAAGCCGUGGGAGAAGAUAAUAUCGCAUUUACCCCUGGCCUUUACACGUUCAAAUUUGUCCCGUUCUUGAAGAAUCUCCAUCAGCCGGGUACAAACAACCAUGGCUGGUGGGUGGACAUCUUCAGCGAGAAUCCAGACGACAACGCUGGUGCUGAACCAGUCUACCAGACAGCAACUGAUAAAGACUUGGUUGAUGUGCCCGAGAGCUUACAUAAGUUCCUACCUCACAAGUAUUUCGUCCGGGCACGAGCCUCCUUUAUACCAGAGACUUCGUCGUGCUUCCGUUUCGGCUUUGCUGUCGCCGGCAAAGGCAAGGUCAAGAUUGAUAACAAGGAUGCUAUCGACCUCUGGAGUGAUCAACCGCCAAAGACAGAAGAUACCCCGUGUUUCAAUCGGCUUUCUAUGGAGAGAUUUUAUGACGUGGAUGUCGAGGAUGGUGAGAAGUUGGACAUUGAGGUCUUGAUGGUCAACGAGGAUGUCAGGGGUGGCGUUGGCACAGCCUUCACCUUGGCCGGGCGUCUCGGUGGCUAUGAGGUUCUUGCACCUCAGCAGGGACUUGAGGAUGCUGUGAGGAUUGCCAAGUCGGUCGACGUCCCUAUUGUCAUGGCUGGGCUUUCAUCCGAUUACGAAAGCGAGGCAAGCGACCGCAAGGAUCUCAACCUACCUCGCGCUGCGAACCAAUUGGUGGAUGCCGUUCUGGAUGCCAACCCUAAUACUAUCGUUAUAACACAAGCAGGGUGCCCGAUUGAAAUGCCUUGGGUAAAUAAAACCAAGACACUACUUCACGCUUGGUACGGCGGCCAGGAGACCGGACACGCAAUUGUUGAUGUGCUGUUUGGUGAUGUCAACCCUGCCGGCAGGCUCCCAGUCACAUUUCCCAAAUCAAUCAAGCAUACGCCUACGUAUCUAACAUUUGGGAAAUCUGACUAUGAGAUUUUAUACGGCGAGGGCAUUUUCAUUGGUCAUCGUUUCUAUGAAGCAGUCGACCGAGAGCCACUCUUUUAUUUUGGUUACGGCCUUUCGUAUACCAAGUUCGUAUACUCUGGCUUAGCAGUUCCAUCUACAUUCGAGGCAUCAGAAGAGUAUGAGAUGAACAUCUCCGUCAAUGUCAAGAACGUUGGCUCAGAUAGCGGGGCCGAAGUUGUUCAGGUCUACGUUUCUGAUGCCGAGAGCUCAGUCCAGCGACCAGCGAAGGAACUCAAGGCUUUCGCAAAGGUGUAUCUCGCUGCUGGAGAGACCAAAACAGUGUCUCUCAAGCUCAGCAAGUACGCACUUUCAUUUUGGUCAGAAGAGCAGGGUCAGUGGAAGGCCGAGAAGGGCGUCUUUGAAGUAAUCGUUGCGACCAGCGCUCACCCCGACCAUGAAGUUUUACGAUCGAGUUUCGAGCUACCAGAGACCUUUUUAUGGUCAGGAAUAUAA